GAGGGGCUUUCACUGCCUAUUUGGGGCUGAACGUCGAUGUUAGCGCAGAUUCGGUGUUUAUUUUAGGGGCUGGUAGCUGAAGGGUCGGGAGUUGAUCUCCUAAAAUUACUGGCCCAGGUGCUUGUUACUUAGGCGAAUUGCUUAAUGUGACUUAGAAGCACUUUGCGGCUGAGUUUCAGGCACGUCUCACCGCACAGCGGGAUCAUUAGCGAUGAGGCGUAGAAUAAACUAAUUCCCGUUUCAUGUCCUCAUUUGGAUCAGAGCCACAGGCCUGCCUAGGUAGUCAAGCGUUCCUACUAGGAACUUCCUAGUACAAAACGUGGGUCUAUUGCCAGCAAUACAGCUGCAAUGGUCUAUGGUUGUGUAGAUUAGAGGAGCCGUGAGAGCUUCUUUUGGCGUUGGCAGGAAUAAAAACAGGGGUUUAUAACGGGCUUCUUCAGCCCUAAAGGCGCCUUUCGUGGACCCCAAAAGCGACAUUCGGCCAAGCAGGGUAUGAAUUGUGGAAAGCCAAGAGCCCUAUGCAAGUUUCGUAUAGAUUAAUUUGGAUGUACCGACCAUUGUUUGAUGGGACUCUUUGGAUUCUCAGAUCCUUCAUUAACCUCCCGCAAGCGCCUGAUACGCGAGGGGAUUACACUUCUUCUCUCUUUCGUCAAUAUACAGCGGCGACGGACCGCCUCGAAUUCAACGCCAAACACCAUGACGCGGUCGCUCAGAUCGGCUGUCGCUGCGUUAUGUCUUUGGGGUAUAGCAGGAGUUAAGGGGGAGGACGGUGUAAACAAAUUCACAUAUCCCGCGACGGAUGGCCUCCUAUGGAACUACCGCGACACAGUUAUAACGUCAUACGAAGGCAACAUAUCUGCGCCGUUGUUGUACACGUUCUGCAAGGAUUCUAAAGGGACUGUCGAACAGGAACGGCUCGACCAUGUUAAUGGCCCUAAUACGACGGCGUCGAUAAUUCUCGAUUUCGUUGUUGCUGAUCCCAUAGCGACGUGCUGGUUCAACAUCAGACUCGACGAACCCGACAGUCCUGUCGGCGCCAACAGCGCAAGUUUCCAGUACAACUCAACUGAGGGAGACCGGAAAACGUUUAGUCUCGCGCCGACCUCCACCUCCGCAACCAGUUCCCCAACUUCGUCUUCGACGCAAUCCGGGGUCAGUACUACCAACCCCGCAAUAGCGACGACAAGCGCGACGACCCCGUCCGCUAGCGCCUCCGCUAGCCACACCCCCGGAUUAUCGCCCGGGGCUUCGGCAGGCGUGGGCGUUGGGGUAGGACUAGUCGGCAUAGCGAUUGGCGCAGGGGCCGCGCUUUUCUUCUACCGACGGAGCAGGAAGCGGGGAGAUGAUGAUGGUCAGGGGGAGAUCGCGCCGACGAAGCCCGAGUUGAUGGGCUCGUCGCCAUAUCCGCCGUCGGCCGGGGGUUCGCCAAACGUGUCGGUUUCAGAGUAUCCCAAGUCGGGCUACUACGCGCAAGUCCCCAAUAACGAGAUACACGAGGCGCCCGCGUUCCAAGACGGCGUUGUUAAGAGCGAGUUAGGAGCGCCGCACGGCCCGUACAACGAUGCAGCCGCGGAAUUGGAACAGCAGAAGUUUCGCGGUACACCACCUGUUGUUGCUAGGCAGGAGAUGGAGGCGGCGCCUGUGAUACAUGAGAUGCCGUAGAGCAUAGAAUAGGGACGGUUAUGGUCGCAUAUUUUAGAAAACUUAUAAUGUAUUAAUAAGGAAGUGAAAAAAAACGAGAUUGUCUUCGUCAGACAAACUUACCUUACCCAGCUGGUUUUACUAUGUAUGUAUGUAUAAUUGGACGGGUCUUGGUUUAAUUUGCCGGCGGUGAGAAAAGGACUGGGCAGGCAGGCAAGUAUGUAGGCACCUACUACGUAGUAGGGACGUAGAUAGGCUGGUAGGUAAGCAAAUAUAUUCGCU